CUUUCCUUGGUGCAGCGUCAGCUCUCGCUGUGCCAAAGUCCAGUUUAUCCAGCUCAUCCUCGUCAUGUUAUGGAUCUGGGUAAUGUAUCUCUUUAUAUUGAAGUCAUCUGAAUCUGAAUGAACAAGAAAUUGAUAGAAAACAAACAGAAAAGGCUCCUACUUCUAAAGGAACGGCAUGAUGAAUCCUACCUGGGAUUGAUGUUUUUCCUACACGAGGACAUGCAGUCAGUCUAAUCAUCGGAAGACGCAGCAUAUGUCGAUAGUAAAAUUUCCCAGGAGAACAAGCGACGACUUACUGAGGAGCUGCAACCUGGUGACUUGGCUCAAAGCCAAGAGAAGAAGCGAAGUCGACUCACCGAAGAGGAGGAAGAAGCAACGGAGGAUAGCAUGCUCAUAUCACUCACUGAGAAAAAGGAAGAAGAAGCAACGGAGGAUAAUGUGGGCAGGUCCGAGGCUACCAACACCAAGCUAGGCGCGUUGGAUGUAGUGCAGCAGUGGCAUCCAAGUGGCGUGCUUGGUUUGCGACGAUAUGCCGCCGUUUCCAAGGGUGUCCGCACUCCAACUGUGCUCGCAGCAGAAGAGCGAUCGCGAGG